AUGGGGGACUGGAACCUGCUGGCAAAGCUUCUGGAAAAAGCCCAGGAGCACUCCACCGUGGUGGGGAAAGUGUGGCUCACCGUCCUCUUCAUAUUCCGCAUCCUGAUCCUCAGCGCGGCGACAGAGAAAGUGUGGGGCGACGAGCUGUCGGGCUUCACCUGUGACACCAAGCAGCCCGGUUGCGAGAACGUGUGCUACGACAUCACUUUCCCCAUCUCCCACGUCCGCUUCUGGGUGCUGCAGAUCAUCUUCGUGUCCACGCCGACGCUGAUCUACCUGGGACACAUCCUCCAUCUCGUGCGGAUGGAGGACAAGCACAAAGAAAGGGAGCUAGAGAGGGAGAGGGCCCAAGCUGAGCACCCAGACAAGCAGGCCCUCAUUGUGGAUGUUCAUCACAAAAAGGCUCUGGUGAAGGACAAGGAGGGCAGAGUGCGCCUGCAGGGGGAGCUUUUGCGCACAUAUGUUUUCAAUGUGAUCUUUAAAACCCUGUUUGAGGUGGACUUCAUUGUGGCUCAGUAUCUCUUGUACGGCUUUGAACUGAAGCCCAUGUACACAUGUAACAGACCACCCUGUCCCAAUGUGGUAAACUGCUACAUAUCCCGGCCCACUGAGAAAACCAUCUUCAUCAUCUUCAUGCUGGCGGUGGCCAGCUUGUCUCUGUUCCUCAACCUCGUAGAAAUGUACCACCUGGGCUUCACCAAGUGCCGCCAGGGCAUCACCUUCAGGAGAAAUAGACGGCUGAGGGGGAAAGCCUCCAAGGAGCCCAGCGGUGACGCUGUGCCCUUCGUGCCGAGUUACGACGACUACUUCCACCAGGUCCAGCCUGCCUACCCCCCAGUGCCCAGCUACAACCUCUCCCCUCUAUCCGAGGGCACUGACUCGUCCUUCCACCCCUACCACAGCAAGGCUGCUUAUAAACAGAAUAAGGACAACCUAGCGGUGGAGAGGAGCAGCAGCAAGCCAGAGGAAUGUGACCUGAAAGGAAAGAAGGGAGCAGGAUCGGCCCCUGGGUCACCUACGCAGGCCCGGCCGGGCCGCAGUGCCAAGCACAGCAACAACAAGACUAGAAUAGACGAUCUGAAGAUAUGAGGAGGUUUAUGUUUCUCUUAGGGGUCUUAAAAUGUUGUGAAAGGAUCAUAUGUUGUCUGGACACAUUCAUACAUGUCGGACUGACUUCCCUCUUUAAGAUGGCACAGGUUUGACUCAUUCCAGCUUCGUGAGGGGAAUGACAUUUACUGGGCACACAAAGAAGCUGUGAUGUGGCUCAACAAAAACAUUUCUAUCAACCGAGACUUAUUUUUUCUGCCCCAUAAUCAUUUGAUCUUUUUUUUUUCCUUUCUUUCUUAUUGUUGCAUAAAGUGUUUGUGAUACACCAUUUUUGGCA